UUUUAAACUCAUUUCCAAUUUUUCAUUUCUUCCACUUUACCUCAAAAAACUGGAUUAAAAUUCUCCGCUUGCAUCUUUUUCUGAGGAAUUAUUUUCUGAUUUUUACCGACCUAAAAUUAGUCACCGGCUCUGGGGAAAAUGUCCGGAGAAUGAGAGGCUAGGGAAAUUCCACUGGUCCGGAAUUGAACCCGCAACCCGGCGUGGAACUAGUAAUUUCUGCACCGCCCGCUCCCAGCUGGAACGCAGUUUACCGCAGGACUAAAACUGCACCUUACAGCUCCCAGCGUGCUCCGAGAACCGUUUUUUUUUUUUUUUUUUUGCUCAGAUGUCCUCCCGUUAUUCCAAAAUCCAAAGUUUAAUUAAAACACUUUUGGUCGUCUAGUGAUAAAAAACAACCGUGUGAAAUGACCGCAGUGUUGAUUAGACGAGCUCCCGAAGUGUAAAUGCGCUGAGAUCUGCGUUCCAGAGAGGAGACACUUGUGUCGUCGUAGAGACUCCGACCCAGAUUCCAACAUGAUGAACAACGUGGCCGACUGGCUGGUCCACAACCGGGACAAGAUCGAGAAGGGCGUGGAGAUCAUGGGCCAGGCGUCCGAGGUGCUGGCCGCCACCGUGGGCCAGCUCCACCCCAUCCUCGAGGCCGUCUUCAUGGCCUCCGCCGAGAUCUGCAGCAACCCCGACGGACAAGAGGCCCGCUACCUCGCCCAGCAGCUGGAGCAGGUCAACAGCAAACUGGAGGGCAUCCAAAACGAGAUCGACCAGAUCGCGCUGGAGCUGCAGAGGACCUCCAUGAACAAGCAGAACUUCGACCGGGAGGCGCAGAUGCUCAGCCAGUACGAGAAGUUCCAGGACUUUAUCAACGCCAGCCCCAAGUUCAAGGAGAAGAAGAUGCAGAAGUUCAUCAGCCACUUCGAGAACACGGACGCAGACUUGAACCUGGACUCUCUGUACAAUUCCGUGACGGGGGAGAACAUGGCGGGCGACCCUCUGCUGGAGACCGUCGUCACCACGGAGAAGCGAAACAGGCGUGCGGUGGAGGACUUCUGCGCCCGACUCAAGAAGCUGUUCGUGGUGGGCAUCAUCGCGGUCAUGGGCCACGCGGCGCUCACGGAGAAGACGGUGGGCGAGGAGAUGGUGCGGAAGUGGCAGAAGCGCAUGGAGGAGGUGGAGACCAGGAUGAAGGCGGCCGUGGACGACUGCACGGAGAACUUCGCCGUGCAGGCCAAGAUCGACCUGGAGCAACAGCUGCAGGACACCCCGGGCCCCGCCAACAUGGAGUUCACCAAGAGCCUCCUGGAGUCUCUGGUGAAGAAGUACGACUGGGUGCGCUGGUCCAUCCGCGUCUUCAACAACCGCGAGCGCAUCUUCUUCUUCAACUGGCUGGCGGGCAAGAAGUGCCACGGCAGCGGCGGCGCCAACUGGUUCGACUUCCUCACCAAGACCAACGUGAAGGUGGUGGUGUCCUUCUGCGUGGACCCCAAGCCCAUAGACAAGGGUCAGAUCGCCGAGCAGAUCGAGAACCAGAAGCUCAAAGGGAACAUGAUGCGCGUGGCUCUGUGUCUGAACAAGACCUUCCCCAACUGCCUGGUCCACGCCGUCAGCCACUACAAGGAGGUGGUGGAGACCAACAACUUCCAGCCCGAGUGCUAUUACUACGGCAAACACAAGAGGGCGUAUGUGUGCGUGCACCCGGAGUAGACUGUGUUGAACGUGGACGACGCCGGAGACGAUAUAAACGUGGCUGUACCGCGCUUGUGUGUGUGGGCUUGUGGCAUGUACAGUUUAGGUGUAAUGAUGCAAACGCUGCUGGGGAAAGGAGACUUUUCAAAGCUUUAUUAUUGUGUAAUAUUUGUGGUUUCAGCUGUUUUUUAUAUGCAAACAUUUCGAAAAGCCAUUCAAAACAUGUUAUAUUUUUACAGAAAAUAAUUUGUUUCAUCAGAUUUUGAAUUUUAAAUGCUGUUGAAUUUCUCACUUUGAAAUUUUUUACUCUGAAAAAACAUGUUUCAAUUAUUUUUAUUAUGAAGUUUUGGACAGACUUUCUAGGCGCAGUCAGGGGCGGAGGGGGUCCGGUUUGGGGACCACAGGAUCAUCUCUGUUGUUUGCAGAUGAUGUUGUUCUGUUGGCUUCAUCAAACCAGGACCUGCAGCACUGGGGCGGUUUGCAGCCGAGUGUGAAGCGGCUGGGAUGAAGAUCAGCUCUUCUAAGUCUGAGGUCAUGGUUCUCGACUGGAAAAAGGCGUCUUGCCCUCUUCAGGUGGGUGGGGAGUCUUUGCCUCAAGUGGAGGAGUUCAAGUAUCUCGGGGUCUUGUUCAUGAGUGAGGGGAGGAUGGAGCGUGAGAUUGACAGGUGGAUCGGUGCAGCGUCUGCAGUGAUGCGGUCGCUGUAUCGGUCGUUGUGGUGAAGAGGAGCUGAGUCGAAAGGCGAAGCUCUCGAUUUACCGGUCAGUCUUCGUUCCUCCUCUCACCUCUGGUCAUGAGCUCUGGGUAGUGACCGAAAGGACGAGAUCGCGGAUACAAGCGCUCGAAAUGAGUUUCCUCCACAGGGCGUCUGGGCGUCUCCCUUAGAGACAGAGUGAGGAGCUCAGUCACACGGGAGGAGCUCGGAGUAGAGCCGCUGCUCCUCCACGUCAAGAGGAGCCAGUUGAGGCUCGGGCAUCUGUUCUCAUGCCUCCUGGACGUCUCCCUCGGGAGGUGUUCAUGUCCCACCGGGAGGAGGCCCCGGGGAAGACCCAGGACACACUGGAGGGACUAUGUCUCUGGACUGGCCUGGGAACACCUCGGGGUUCCCCCGGAGGAGCUGGAGGAAGUGUCUGGGGUGAAGGAAGUCUGGGAGUCCCUGCUUAGACUGAUGCCCCCGCGACCCGACCCCGGAUAAGCGGAAGAAAAUGGAUGGAUGGAUGGAUAAAUUUUUGUUUGCUGAAAUUUUAAGUGUACAUUUACAGUGUAUAAAAUUCAAUAUAAAAAAAAAUAAAAUCACCUUUUAAAUAUUUGGCACAAAUAUUUUCAAGUCUUUAAAUUCAACAAAUUUGCAGUGAAGAUCUAACUAAGAUUCAAUCUAACUUAGUAACAAACAGGAAAUCUUGCAGUGAUGUGAUCUGAUUGGUCUGAAUUCGCCUCGUCGAAACCUCGUCUCUUUGAUUUCUUAAGGCUAAACUCCGCCCACCGAUGAGAACAGCCAAUAAGAAACCGCCUCUGUCCUCCUCACAUGAUCGAUGCUUCUGCCUCGGCAUCUUGGAUCUUUGCUGUGAAAUUUUUCACUGCGAAUUUGACGUUCUGAAUUGCGACUGGUGAAUUUGAGGGCUUGAAAAUAUCUGUGGUGAUUUUUUUAUUUUUUUAUUUUGAAUUGAAAGUAAACUUCAAAUUUCAGCCACUAAAAUUCAAAAUAAAAAUAAUUCAAACAUCUUUUUUCAGAGUUUAAACAUUCAAAGUGAGAAAUUCAGUGGUAUUUAAAACUCAAAAUCUGAUGGAACAAAUCAUCGUUCAUAUAUUUUACUUUAAAAACGCUGCACCAGAUUUUUGCUGUCUUAAAAAUAUGGAAAACAGAACGUCCGUGUACCAUUCACUCUUCUGAAUUUCAAUUAAAAUGGGAAAACAGUUUGUUAUUUCAUUUUUCCAUUUUAGUGUCAAACAAAAAUAAACAGAUUUCGACCUCUAUUUCCUUUUCAUUUAAAGUUUAUUUCAAAUAACACAAAUCAAAAAACAGUCUGUGCCUAUUUCAAUGUUGAUAUUUGAUUCUCUCUGGUUUAUUUGAAGUUCUGCUGCUGAAGGACGAACCUGAAAAAUCGUUGCAGUUUCGUGGACAAACUUGUCGUCGUCUUUUAUAUCGAUGCAUUUACUUUUGCAUUUUAGAAAGUCAUUGUUGAACUUCAUGACCAGAAACAGGAAGCAGCAAUAAACUCUUCUUUGUUCAGUCGACUCCACAGAACUAGAAUAAAAAUAUAUUUUUGAUUUUAGAUCCUCCCGUUGCUUCCGGUGGACGGUCACAAUCGACUUAAUUCUAAGCUUAAAAAUGUAAAGUGUAAUUCUGUGCGUUUUUAAACAACAAUUAUUUCUAUUUGUAAUGUCUCGAAAUCCAAUUCUCAAUUUUUUAGCUCCUUUAUUGUGAAGAAAUUAAGAUCUAAACAUUUAAAAUUCCAAAUUGCACCAAAAGAGAUUCAUUUGCUCUGCUCACUUUCUCUGGAAACGUUUUGGAUUUGAGGUUAUUAAUUGUUCUUUGUGCAGUGAAACUCCAGGUCACAGAUUCUUUACUUGUGUGUAGAAUCGUGCAUUUUGGGAGGAUUUACAUCAGGUGUGUCCAAACUUUUUUCGUCAAGGGCCACAUAUCUAAACACAGAUGAAGCAGAGGCUGAUCGAGACUGAUGCUUAAUAUGGUGAAUAAUUGAAAUAUGUGCAGGUUUAACACGUUAGAAUGAUGCACCCGUCCUUUAUUUAUGCUAAUUUCCUUAAAAUCACACACUAAAUAUUCAAUAUUCACUUUAUCAAGGUGGAAUUUCAAAAAACUUGCAGUAAAAAGUUCAUUUUUAAUUGAUGAAAGGUCAUUUGGGCCAAUUCACCUGGAAGCCUGAGGGCCAAGAAAAAUUUGCCUGAGGGCCGCAUUUGGCCCACGGGCCAUAGUUUGGACAUGCCUGAUUUACAUCAUUGGUUUUUGAAAACAAAUGUCAGGUCCAAAUAUUAAAUUAAAAAAUGUUAUGUGUGGCUUCAUUGUAAAUAAUUAUCAGAAGCAUUUAACCAUUUUAGGGAAAAAAAUUUGUACAUAAAAACAGAUUCUUCAAGAGUCGACCAAACUUCAAUGCUUUUUUCAUAAAGAACUAUGUUAUUUUCUUCUCUGAAAUGUGUGAAACAAAAAUUUUCUGUGCAACUUUUGAGGACUGAUCGACUGAAACUGACGGAAAACUCCUUUUUUGGUUUUUUUCCAAUGUAAUUCCAUCUUUUCUGUAUAUUUAUGUUGCUACUCGUGCCUCUUGUGCGUCUUUAGUUUUGCUUGUGCGAAAAUUACUGUAAAAGAAUCAAAUUAUUUCAUUAAAAAAGAUAUAUACAUAGAACUUCUUCGUGCCUAUUUUAAAAUCAAAUCAAAAUCGAAAUAGGCACCGAGUUUUUGGACUGGCCUCAUCUGAAAUAAACUUUAAUUAAAUAUUGGAAACAGAGGUCGAAAUCUGUUUUUUGUUUGACAAAAAAAAACGAAAUGACAAACUGUUUUCCCAUUUUAUUGUUUUUCGUUCUUAACUGAAACGGUCAAGAACGAUUUGCAGAGCUCCAAAAGCGUCCGAUUUACUCACCGCGAUGAGUUUAGAAGCACUUUUCUCACCUUUCAGAGACCGACCGCUGACGUUCUUACAGUAAAACGGUUUGGAAUUCGACGCUGACAGAUUUAUUUUGACCUGUAGAGCUGCUCAUAAGACAAAUCAUGAACGUCGCUCGAGUACAAACAUCAAAAACAUCGGGUACAGGGCCUUUGAGUUGUUAAUCGCUACGGCAACGGUCCUUGUUUUUUCAUCGUUCCGAGACCCGCAGACACUUGAGCGCUCGUCUGGUAUCUCUCCCAUUUAGAUUUGAGUCGGGGCCAAGAGAUAAAUCGGCACUUAGAGAUACUCAGAGAUACUUAGAGAGUUAUCGGCGAAGAUCUGAGUCGAACCGAUGUUCUGCCGCGUUAAAAAGCUCCACUUCUUUUCAGUUUAAUCGAUUUUCUGACGUUCGGAUGUCGUUUCCUCGUCGCGAACAGACCUGGAGUUGUGUUUUUUUGUUUCUUUAAAGCACAAACUCUGCAGAUUUACGCUGAGUUCUUCUCUCAAACUGACUCCACACGCCUUCACUAGAAUUAUUUGGAUGAUUUCUAAACUAAAACUGAAGGUAAAAGGAGCUGUGAACUUGAAAAUUACCGACUUCAUGACAUCACAAGGUGGAACAGAGCGUUUAGAAGCUUUGGAAAUGUAAACAGACUCAUAAUAAUAAUAAAGAGUUACUUAAACAAAACACAACUCCAGAAUUACACAUAGAAUAUAAACAAUAUACAUAAGGCAAGAAAAAAAAAACAAACACAAUUAUACAAAAUGGAAAAAAUCCAAUUAACUUUAUUUCUGAUUUAUAUUUUAUAAACACGACAGUUUCCAAAGUGCUGCACAAACAAAUUAACACAAUAAAAGACAUUAAAUAAAAA